AUGCGCUUCUCAACUUCAAUCAUAGCUGUAGCUAGCCUAUUGGUUUCAGUCUCUGCUGUUCCAAUCACGGAUGUCACCAUUGAGGGUUGUGACUCUGAGCCACCUAACUCUUUAGGAGUAUCUGUCACAGUUCCACUUACGAGCAUUUCCGCCCUUCCUAUCACGGACUCUUUGCCAUCUUCUACAAGCCUCGUCACAUCUUCCCCAACAGCCCCUGCUUCUGAGGCUCCUAGCAGCGUUGCCAUUUCUGCAGCUAUGCCUAAACCUCUUAAGGCAGCUGCACCAGGUGCUAGGGCUACAUCAAACUCAAGUGGCGCCCUACAAUGGCUAGGAGUCAAUGAGUCUGGUGCUGAAUUUGGUCAAACCAACAUUCCUGGUGUUUUGGGCACCGAUUACACGUGGCCACUCACAUCCACGAUUGAUACACUCACUGGCAAGGGCAUGAACAUCUUUCGCAUCCCUUUCCUAAUGGAGCGUCUAGCCCAAGGAACAAUGACUGCUACUUUAGACAAAACAUACCUUGGUGACCUAUCAUCUUUAGUCUCUCACAUCACCGCCGCAGGGGCAUAUGCUGUUCUCGACCCUCAUAACUUUGGCCGAUAUGGAGGAUCGGUGAUCACUUCCACAUCGGAUUUCAAGAGUUUCUGGAGCAAUGUUGCCACUGAGUUCAAAUCAGACGACAAAGUGAUCUUCGACUGCAACAAUGAGUUUCAUGACAUGCCAUCAAAUCAACUUGUUGCUGAUCUUAACCAAGCAUGCAUCGAUGGUGUCAGAGCUGCCGGUGCUACAACGCAAUAUGUCUUUGUUGAAGGAACUUCUUACACUGGUGCCUGGACCUGGACUACUUCUGGAAACUCGGAUGUCAUGGGUAAUCUCACUGAUCCUUCAAACAAGAUCGUCUAUGAGAUGCACCAAUAUCUCGACUCCGAUGGAUCUGGAACUUCAGCUGUGUGUGUCUCUUCUACUAUUGGUGCUGAACGCGUUGCGGAAGCUACCAAAUGGCUUCAAGCGAACGGUAAGAAGGGUAUAAUCGGCGAACUCGCAGGCGGCGCAAAUGACGUUUGCAAGUCUGCUGUCACUGGACUUCUGGACUCUCUCGUAGCUGCUAGUGAUGUCUGGAUGGGUGCAAUGUGGUGGGGAGGUGGACCAUGGUGGGGCGACUAUAUCUUCUCCUUCGAGCCAGAAGCGGGCACUGGUUAUGCUGCAUACAUCGACACCCUGGUCAAAUACAUUUAG